CCUGAACGCAGCAUACGUGCGUGCUCGUGAGUAACCGUUGGCUAGCUUGUUAGUUUCACGCACAUAUUAUAGAUAAUCCGCGGACUAUAAAUUUUUACAGCAAGAUGUCAGAGAACAAUCUUGAAAAUGAACUUCUGGAUUAUGAGGAGGAUGAUGAGCCUCAGGGAGUCCCAGAGAGUGGAACCCCAGCAAAUAAAAAGGAGGUGAAAGGGUCAUACGUAUCCAUCCACAGCUCAGGCUUCAGAGACUUUCUCCUGAAACCAGAGCUGCUCCGGGCCAUUGUUGAUUGUGGUUUUGAACAUCCCUCUGAAGUUCAACAUGAGUGUAUCCCUCAAGCUAUCCUGGGCAUGGAUAUCCUGUGUCAGGCCAAGUCUGGUAUGGGAAAGACUGCAGUGUUUGUACUAGCCACCCUGCAGCAGAUAGAACCCGUGGAUGGUCAGGUGUCUGUCCUUGUGAUGUGCCACACGCGAGAGUUGGCCUUCCAAAUCAGCAAAGAGUACGAGCGCUUCUCCAAGUACAUGCCCACUGUCAAGGUGUCUGUGUUCUUUGGUGGUCUGGCCAUCAAGAAGGAUGAGGAAGUCCUGAAAAAGAACUGCCCACACAUUGUUGUAGGCACACCAGGACGUACACUGGCUCUCAUUCGGAACAAGACCCUCAGCGUGAAGAACAUCAAGCACUUUGUGCUUGAUGAAUGUGAUAAGAUGCUGGAGCAGUUGGACAUGAGGCGCGAUGUUCAGGAAAUCUUCAGACUGACACCCCAUGAAAAACAGGUUAUGAUGUUCAGUGCAACUCUGAGCAAGGAGAUCCGCCCCGUCUGCCGCAAGUUCAUGCAGGAUCCGAUGGAAGUGUUUGUGGAUGACGAGACCAAGCUGACGCUUCAUGGCCUACAGCAGUAUUACUGCAAGUUGAAGGACAGCGAGAAAAACCGAAAGCUGUUUGACCUCCUCGAUGUGCUCGAGUUCAACCAGGUGGUGAUCUUUGUGAAGUCUGUGGCACGCUGUGUUGCUCUGUCACAGCUACUGGUGGAGCAGAACUUCCCUGCUAUAGCCAUCCACAGGGGCAUGGCGCAGGAAGAAAGGCUAUCCCGUUAUCAGCAGUUUAAAGACUUCCAGCGGCGGAUUCUGGUGGCAACCAACCUGUUUGGCCGCGGGAUGGACAUUGAGCGAGUUAACAUUGUCUUCAACUACGACAUGCCAGAGGAUUCUGACACAUACCUUCACAGAGUGGCUCGAGCUGGCAGGUUUGGGACUAAAGGCCUGGCCAUCACCUUUGUGUCAGACGAGAGCGAUGCCAAGACCCUGAAUGAGGUUCAAGACCGCUUCGAGGUCAAUGUAGCAGAGCUACCAGAAGAGAUUGACAUCUCCUCCUACAUUGAACAGUCCAGAUGAGUGAAGUGUCCUUCCAGUGAAGACCGUGUGAUCCUUGUUGUAACUGUGCUUUGGUGGAAGAAAAAAGCCCUCAACAUUUAUUUUAAUGUUUCCAUCCCACCAUUUGUAGGGGCAUGUUCAUACUGAUAAAAUGUGUUUUGUUAUCUCUGCAGUGUUUGUUUUAGUGUUUUCCUUGUUCAAAGAAAAAACAUGAAUAUAUUGUUUUGGUUAAAGAAAUAAACUUUUUAUACCUUA